AUGGCCAUGAACCCGAAUAUGGGCAUGGCCAACAUGAACCCCAUGGGAGGUCCUGUUGGCGGUGCGCCAAUGCCCAUGAUGAACAAUGGUGCCGCCAUGAAUCCCCAGGCUGCCGCCGCCGCCGCCGCUCAAGCAAGACACCAACAAGUGGAAAGUCAACGCGGCGUCCUCAACACCUACAUUUACGAGUACUUCAUCCGCUAUGGCAUGUACGACUGUGCUCGCUCACUGCUGUCGAGCGAUCAGCAGGUAAACGUCCACAAGGAUGGAAAGGGUGGCAACACUGCCAACGGCGAGGAUCCCAUGGACACCGACUCCAAGGAUGACUUGGACGCCAAGCUGCCCGAUGACCUACCGCCUCCCAAGCUUCCCAUGCCUGCCUCGGACUCCUCAUUUCUCUACGAGUGGUUUUGUCUCUUUUGGGAUAUUUACAAUGCCCAGCGUGUCAAGAGUGGCAAUGGCAGCAUCAACCAAUAUGUCGCUCACACUCAGCAACAAUCUCGAAUGAAGCAGAACCAGCAACAGGAGCUUCUUCGCCAAAUGCGCCCGAAUGAUAUUGCACAGCAGCAAUACCAAGCCCAAAUGAUGAGAAUGCAGAAUGGCAACAUGAACAUGGGCAUCAAGCAGGGUAACCUCGCCCGUGCUGCUAUGGCUAACAACCAGAAUAAUCCCCAAAUGAUGAUGCAACAGGCCAAGCAGAAUCAGAUGCAGCGUGACCCAUCUGGCAUGGAUCAAAACCGCGACCGUCCCUCAUCGCCCGCGUCUGGAGAGAAUGCGCCAUCACCAUCAAAACGACCACGCAUCGACGGAGCACCAUUCAACCCUAAUCAGCCAGGAGGCAUGGUCGCCAAUGGUCGGCCAGCUCAGGGCAUGCCCGGACAGCAAAUGCCGACCAACCCGAGCGUCGCUGCCGCUCACCAUAUGCUGACUGCUAAUGGCAUCAACCCCAGUAGCUUAAACCCACAACAAUUCCAGAACUUUGUCAAUGCCCCGCCAGCCGCUCAGCAAAAGUCUAUUGCUACUUACUCUCAGAAUCUCCAACAACAGCAGGGUAGCCAGAUGGGAAACAAGCAGAUGCCAAAUGCUGGAGGCCCACAGGGUCAAGGCUCACCCAUGAUGGCACCGGGACCCGAUGGAACUGCCCUUAACGCCUUUUACAACCCCGGAGGUGAAAUGGCUGGCCCUGGAGGAAUCCGACCCGGGCCUGGUGGUCCUCAGGCCGCCGCCGGGAGCAACCAUGCGCUGCAGGACUAUCAAAUGCAGUUGAUGUUGCUCGAGCAACAAAAUAAGAAGCGACUGAUGAUGGCAAGGCAGGAGCAAGAUACCAUUACUGGCACAACACCCGGGGCUCCUGGACAACCCGGUCAGGGCCCCAACGGACAGUCCUUCCCCGAUGCCUCUCCACAGGCGAUGCGAUCAGGAGCGUCGCCAAAUCCUGCCGAUCAGAUGAAGCGUGGUACUCCUCAGAUGAACAAUUCGGGUAUUCCGUCGCCGAUUCCUGAAGGCGGCCAGUCCCGCGAUUCUCCCAACCCUGCCAUGAAUUUCAUGGGUAACCAGGUUGACCCCAACAUGGCACCGCAUUUCUUCAAGCCUGGGGCCGACAUGACGCAAGCACAGAUGAACGGCAUGAGACCACCAAGCUCACACCCUGGACAGCCCUUCAACGGCCAGAUGAACCCGCAACAGAUGAUGGCAGCCCGCCAGAUGCAACAAGCCCAGGGGCAACAGGGACAGCAGGCUGGACAGGGUGCACCAGGACAGUGGCAACAAGGCCCCAACGGCCAAACGCCUCAAGGCAUGCAGCAAAACCAGCAGGUGCAAGGAACGCCCCAACAGCGAUCAAUGCCUCCACCUUCUGCUCCUGCCGGUGCCGCAAACAAUGCAAACAGCCGAACUACUGCUUCACCUCAGCAAGCCGCAGCGGCUCCUCCGACACCCAGUCAAGGAAACAAGCCCGCACCGAAGAAGAAGGAGACCAAGGCUGCCAAAGAGAAGCGUGCUGCCGCCGCUGCAAAGAAGGCCAACCAGAAUGCCGCCGCUGCGGGAGCUACUCCAGCUGGCGAGAACUCAGGUGAGGCGGAGGCAACGCCCGCAACGCCGAUUACCCCUGUCAACCCAGCAUUCAACAAGAAUGCGCAGAACGGAGGUGCCGGCGCCAAUGCACAGGCCACCACGAGUGCUGCUGCUCCCGCUGCGACGGCUGCUGCACCGGCUCCUCAAGCAGCUCCUGUACCACCUCAGCCCCAUGGCGAUCCAAACCAGAACGGAAUGAUGGACAACUUUGGCAGCAUGAUGGAGUUUGGAAGUAUGGAGCUUGCCAACCCCUUGCAGUCGGGUGAUGUUUUGAACGACUUCGACUUCGACUCGUUCCUCCAUGAAGAUAACAAUGAGCCAUUUGACUUCAACGGCACAUUUUCCGGCAUGGAAGGUGGCGAUCCCAUCGGAGCCGACUAG